UAAUGGCUAUUAAAAUAAUUAGUAUGACGGCAUUAUGUUGAUAAUAAAAAAAUAUGUUCACUGACGUCAAUUUAACUCGUUAAUAAAACUACGUCAAGGUGAUAUUUUAUAGCUAAAAAAAUGAUCAAAUAACCGCUAAAAGAGAAACUGAUUUAUGUGAAACUUCGAGUCACCCCCAGGUUAAUGGGUGGGGAAUAAAUACGUUACUCAGGAGCCAUGUGUAUAUAAAUACAACCGGUGUACACAUACAAGGUUAAUGUGCUUCUACAAGCAAAGAAUUGGUGUCGACGCAUGCAACUUGACAGGGUGUAGGACAGGACGACGACGGAAGAGUCAGAUAGUAUUGGUAAUGAAAAGCAACAGCUCACAAACAGGUUGAGAGCGUGGGUAUUGUGUUGUAUUAGUGGUGAUAGUCGUUGUCAGUAGAGUGGCGGGUUGAGAUAAGCGCGGGGGACUAAGUGAAACUGAAACCGGUGAGAUUUUGAAUAUCACUAAACAGUUUAUUGAAGAGCAGACAGUUUGUAAUACGUAUGUUGAAUCAACGAAGAAACGGUGUUUUACAAAAGCGAUAAUAAGUCAAGGAAAGAUGCUCAAAGGUUAUGCUCCAAUAACUCAAGCCCUCUUGGGUACACUUUUUACGUGGGCUUUGACUGCAGCUGGUGCUGCCCUUGUUAUAAUUAUUCAAGGAAAACAGAGAAAAUUGCUGGAUAUAAGCCUGGGAUUUGCUGCUGGAGUGAUGAUUGCAGCAAGUUACUGGUCUCUUUUGGCUCCAGCAAUAGAAAUGGCUGAAAACAGUAAAAUUUAUGGCGAAAACGGGGAAUUUGCAUUUAUACCAGUCGCAGCUGGAUUUCUUAUAGGUGCUGGAUUCGUUUAUGGGACUGACGUGUUGAUAUCAUCACUUGGAAUUCAAUCCCCAAAUGUGCUUUUAGCUAUGCAAUCAGUUGGUACGAAACAAAGACGCAAAAUCCAUGAAAAAUUAAAAAGUGACGACGACUUAGACGAUAAUAAUGUAAUUAGUGGCGUACAAAUUUCCAGUGGCAAAAUUCACUCUAACGAGUCGACCACAAUUGAUGGUUUUUAUGAACAAAAUACACGAAGAAGACAACCAGGACCUGUUUCAAGAGGUUCUGAAGUAGCUGACUUAGGAUCUGUUUAUGAAGAUCCCGGGAAUGAAGCUAAAAAUAACCAAUGGAGAAGAAUAUUAUUAUUAGUUGUUGCUAUUACGGUGCAUAAUAUCCCUGAAGGUCUAGCAGUUGGUGUUGCCUUUGGAGCAGUCGGAAGUAGUGCAUCAGCAACAUUCGAAAAUGCAAGGAAUCUUGCCAUCGGAAUUGGUAUUCAAAAUUUCCCUGAGGGCCUAGCAGUAUCGUUACCACUGCAGGCCGCAGGCUUUAGUACUUUAAAAAGUUUCUGGUAUGGUCAACUCUCAGGGAUGGUUGAACCAAUCGCUGGAAUCCUGGGUGCUGCUGGUGUCUCUCUUGCAAGUCCAGUGCUUCCUUAUGCUCUAGCAUUCGCCGCGGGUGCUAUGAUUUAUGUCGUUGUAGACGACAUUAUCCCGGAAGCACAUCAGAGUGGCAACGGCAAAUUGGCCAGCUGGGGUGCAAUGGUUGGCUUCUUGAUCAUGAUGUCUCUUGACGUCGGACUGGGUUAAAAGUCAUUUACCAUCAGCCACGCAUAUCGUUUAACAUCCACUUCGUCGACGAAAUUCAAGGAUUAAGCAGUAUUUAAAAAAAAAAAAUUUCAUUUCCAAGAUUGAUUAGAUCCAUGAAUCUUUGCUGGAACUGAUUCUGAGCAAAGUGCAAUUACAGAUCGCGUGUUGGUUAUUCAUUCUGUCUUAUGGAUUGAAAACAUCGACAUUUAUUGAUUGAUAAAAGUAGUUAAUUAAGAAGAAAGGUUCAUCUCUUAAACAUUUAUAACUAAUGAGUCUACGUGAUGUAUUUCAACCUAAGUCUUUCUCUAGAUCCAUAGCUAAUUUAUAUGCGUAGCCGCAAUUAUUUUUAUUCAUUCACACCGAUCAAUCUCUCCUUACCAGUUAAACUAUAUCCUUUAAGUACUAGGAAUAGGGUCGCUCUAAUAUACCCUAUGCUCAACUGAUAUCAAUUAAUAGCAUAACCAAUUGCAACUCGAUAACUUAAUAUUUAUUUUAUUUUAAUUUUAUCGAGUUUGACUUAAUAAAUUACACGGUAAUGUGACUAAAUAUCUUCAACAAUAAUAAUAUUGGAAUUAAUUUUUUAAAAAUAAUCUAGUAUUGAUAUAUGUGUAUAUACUUGUUAUAGAUUAUUGAUGAUAAAAACAAACGGUGACAAUAAAACUAAGAUAAAAGUUUUUAUGGCACUAUUUGACUAAAAAUCACUGAUUAUUUCAUCAUUCGAAAUUUUUUUUUAUUAAAAUAUCUAAUAAAAAGUGUACACAAUAGACACGAAUUUUCUAUGUCACAAAUAAUGUAGGUUUUGAAUUCAAUUUUAAUUUAAAUCAUAAAAUUUUCAUGUAUAUAAAUAUUAAUAAAAAAAUUAUUUCCUUCAGAAUUGCACUUCAGUAAAAAAAUAGGUUAACAAAUUUGUUGCUAAAAAAGAGCAAGAUUUGAUAUUUUAACAAAAAAAAUAUUCAAAGUCAAAGAUAUUUAGACACCACACCAAGCAAUCAUAAUAUAGUUCACAGUAUUGAUACAUUUUAUAAAAUUUAUACGCCAUUUUAUGAUUCCUUAAAAACUCUAAAUACUAAUCGACUUCACAUGUAUUCACACCUGAUCAAUUCUAUAGCCAAUUAUAAUAAAGUGAAAUCACUGAAUUGAAAUAAAUCUAUCAACAGUUCCAGAUUAAUGAUAUCAACAGAAACAUAAAUAAUUACUUAAUAAAAAAUAGAGGAAAAAAAUGUAUAAAAUAAUAUCAAAUGUUUGUAAAAUACAAGAAAGUGUGUAGUCAUGUAAAAAUGACACAAAUCAUAUUUUGAUACUUGCCACAAUCAUGACAUUGACAAAAAAUUUAACAUAACAAAAAUGCAAAUUAUAUAUAUUGUUACUAAUUGGAGACUACAGUGUAUUUUAGUUGAAAAUAAGAUCGAAUGGAAGAGAGUUGUUUAAUUUUGUAUGAUAAUAACCAACACAAUGUAUAGGGUACACAUGUAAUUAACACAUUUGAUGUUUAUAAAGUGUGAAGAAGAGAAUUCUUAUGAAUCACAUAGUUUAUAUUAAACCAGUGAAGAUAAUUAAGAUUGGAAUAAUUAAAUGACUAAUUUAUAGACAAUUAACUUUCAAGAUAUCAUCGUGAUUGACAUGGCUCCAAUAUCAGCUCUACAGAAAAUUGUAUAGUAUGUAAAUUCAUUUUAUGAAACUAUAUUUCAACUAAAAAAAUCAAGAUCGAAAGGUAAAGUAACUUGUUGGAGCAAAAAACAGUUUUAAUAAAAGUGCCGGACACGUUUAUCUAAUUUGCAAUUGAAUGUUCAAACUUGUAUGGUUUUUUAAUGUAAACAAAAGUAAAUAGUGGUAUCAAAUCAUACAGUCAAUUUAAAUAUUUUGGAAACAUUGUUGAGUAGAUAGGAUGGAUUUUAAAUUUGAUUUGAUGGAAUGUUUUAUAAUUGAAUUUACUUUAUUUAUUUUCUGAUUCUUACACCGAAAGAAUAUUUUUUUCCAACUUAUCCUCUAUAAAAAACUUGUUAGAUAUGGAAAAUGUUUGUUAAUAAAUUAUUAUGAUUAGAAUGACUAGAAAAAUGAUGACAUUAUAUUUUCAGUGUAUAGAUAGAUUCUGAUAAGUGUUUGUAAAGUUAUACAUUUAUUGUGGAUGGAAUUUUAACCUUUUCAAGUCAUAGGAACAUGUUUAGAUUAUUUUUAAUAUGAUUUUUUUUCGCAAUAUUAUAACGUAGAUAGAUUUGAAGUCAAUUUAUUUAAUCAGAUUUUCUAAUUAUUUUAAUUCAUUUUCUAAUAUUGUGUUUAUUUUGAUGAACGAAUGAUGUAACUGCAAUAUUGAAAAUGUGAUGAAGACAUCUUAAUAAGAUUAUACUUAAUUGUAUUGAUAGUGAAGUUGGUCAAUUUUUUCAAUUAUUUUAAUAAAAGAAAGAUUAAAUUCUUAUGAAUUUCA